AUGUCCUACGACCUACUCGAACGACGCAGGUCGAGAUUCGUCCUCUGGAUCCCCGGACAGCCACCUGUACCGAGACCUCCUCAGCUUAUCAUCGGAACUAUAACCUCCACCUUUCCUCCGACUAUACCGCCGGCCUUCGUUCAAGUCUUCCGCGGUCCACUCGCGAGCACACUUACAGACCUCUGGGAGCUCGACCCAAAUGAGAUCAAACCUACGUUAAGCAAUGGCGUGUACCAUUACUGGUUCGAGGUCCGGGAUACAUCUCCAGAGAACCUGGGGAUUGUACAAGUGACAGACCCGAUCGCGUACGAUGUUGACUAUAGGGUCACGCAACCCACUGGAGACAAGGCCCAACCAGCUUCGGUGGUCAUGUUCAGGGAUGGGAAACUAUGGCCUUGCGACAGAUAUGGCACCGAGCCAGGUCAGGUGGCUGUACCUCCGCCAGAAAAUGUCCCGGACAACAACCAUUUAGUGAUCUAUGAAUUGCCAACUUCGUGGGCGAGGUACUCAACAAUUGGCAAUGUCGAAGUGGACAAAGGAACCUUUCUGGACGUCCUUGCACUAUUUGUCCCGGUCACCCCCGGCGAGCAUUUCAGGGGCGUCUCCGCGGUUGCCAACGGAGCCAUUCUCUCUGACCUGGGUAUAAAUGCCCUUGAGCUACUGCCGGCUGCAGACGCAAGUCCAACAGGGCAAUGGGGCUACGCAACCGCGAACUAUUUUGCUACGGACUUUGACCUUGGAACCUCAAGCAUGCUGGUAUCAUUGGUGGAAGAAAUUCAUUCUCAGAAGAUCCGGCUUUUCACCGAUGUGGUCAUGGCAUUUGGGCACGAUCCAUAUAUCUACAUCGCCUUCGACCAAUUUCAUAUUGACCCAAGAUCAACAGCCGAAUCCAGUAACCCGGAACGCUGGCAAUCGCACACCCCUCAUGCCAGCGAUGGCCAGCUCCGAGACGGCUAUGGUGGCAGGAACUGGCGCUACCUUCAGAACACGAGUAAUACAUAUGAUCCAGAGUCAGGCAAUGUUGACGACGUCUAUCCCUCUUGGGCAUUUCACAAAGCUCAUGUCCAGCGAUGGAUAUCAGACUUUGGUGUUGGUGGACUGAGGCUCGACAGUGUCAACAACAUUGCCAACUACGACUUUGUGAGAUCCUAUAAACAGCACGCCAUGGCUGUGUAUCAAGCAACGCACGGAAGGUCACCCAGCUCCAAGUUCCUUGUCGUCGGCGAAGAACUCAGCUGUCCACUCGACCUCAUUCAAACAGGGUGCCUUCAGGCAUUAUGGAACGAGCCCUUCCAAGCCCGUAUCAGAGCUGUCAUCAUGGGCAGGUAUCUGGACUAUGAUUUUGAGUCAACGGUCCGCAGGAUGGUUGACUGCAGACGAGAUCCCGAACACCCAUUUUGGGACGGAGCCCAAGCAGUUAAUUAUAUCACCUCGCACGACACCGAAGGCUACGGAACCCAGAAAGAGCGACUCUUCAACUUUCUUUCUGACAAUCAAGUUUCCGACAUGGAACGGCGUGCCAAGUUUGCCUUCGCGCUCCUUUUAACGGCGGUCGGGAUCCCGAUGAUUUUCGCAGGCGAGGAAUUCCUCGAUCAGAUGGACCGUGACAUCGCACACAAGCAAGACGACCCCGUCAACUACGAGCGCAAAUCCGAGGGUUGGCGUUCACGUAUUUUUGACUACGUCUCCACUCUCGUCAAGCUGAGGACGACUUGCCCUGCGCUUGGAGACAACGAUACUGAUUUCUUUCAUGUGGAUUCCAGCCGCGGCGGUAGGAUCAUGGCUUUUACGGACGAAGAUACCCCUGGUGCCGAGUAUUUUAUUCCGAAUUGGCCAGAGAGGGGGAGGGGCGAUUGGAGAGAGGUUACGCAGGGGAGAGAAGUGCCUGUUGAGUGGGUGGGCCGGGAGCCGUUGAUGCAUUGGGAGGUUAAGCAUUGUUCCCCGGACGACUGGUGGGGACAGUUCCACAAGGAAUGGAAGAGGCAAGAUAAGGUGUUCCUCGAUCGAUGUGGUGUUGACGCAGUACACCCGCCUCGCUUAAUAGCAGGUGAUUCAUUCAUUCGUUCUAACAACACUGCUCAGCGAGAGCUGGAAAGGCCAGGCCAGGGCUCCAACGAGCGAACGAACGAACGCUCUUUCCUUCUUUCUCAGGUCCAGGUCCGCAUCCUUUGCGAAUUCUACGUCUCGGGUACAAACAGAUACACUACCUUAGUCUUUCCGCCACCACCACCACCAACCAUGGCUGUCGCCACAGCUCGACCCAUCGGGCUCCGCUGGCGAUCCAAUACGCCGUUCAUCAUAUCCACCAUCGCCAUCGGCCUCUUCACUGACCUCUUCCUCUACGGCCUCGUCGUUCCUAUCCUUCCCUUCCUCCUGCAGAGCCGCCUAGGGAUCCCGCACUCGGAUGUUCAGAAGUACAGCUCCCUCCUCCUUGCAUGUCAUGCGGGUGCUUCAGUUCUCUGGUCCAUUCCGGCGGGGAUCAUUGUCGAUAGGAUUGGUGAGAGGAGAGGGCCGUUCCUGGUGGGCUUAGCUGCCUUGUGGGCGAGUACGGUGAUGUUGUAUGUCGGACGCAGCAUUGGGUGGUUGGUGGCGGCGAGGGUCUUGCAAGGGAUUAGUGGUGCUACUGUUUGGAUCGUCGGCCUAGCAAUGAUCCUCGAUACUGUUGGAAGUGCUAAGCUGGGACUCACCCUGGGGAGUAUACUAGGCAUCAAUGGGCUCGGCAACAUCGCGUCCCCCGUGUUGGGCGGGUGGGCAUACAAGAUGUAUGGUGAUAACGGCGUGUUUGCUAUUGGCUUUGGACUCCUGGCUAUCGACUUUCUCAUGCGGCUACUAGUUGUCGACAAGAAAGCCGCCAGCAAGUACGGAUCACGUCCUCGGUUUGCGGAUGAUAUCCACAAAAUUGACGGCGCGGGAGACUCGAGCUUCGUGGACGAUGGCGCUGCAGAAGUUGGAGAAACUGCCUCCCUCAUCUCACAAAACGCUCUGGAAGAGUACAGAAUUCCCGAGGAUUUGCCAGCAAUCGUUCUCAAAUUUCCCAUGAUCUACUGCAUGUCCAAUCCGCGGCUCCUGAUGUCCCAAGGCGCAGCAUUCAUGCAAGCGGUCGUCCUCACAAUUUUUGACGCCACGAUUCCGCCACAAGCUCAGGGUCUCUUUGGCUUCGACUCCUUCCAGAUCGGCUCACUGUUCUUAUCUCUCGCUCUGCCGUAUCUGUUCCUCGCCCCGGCAGGAGCAAAAGCAGUCGACAAGUACGGCGCCAAAUUCCCAGCUACCGCCAGCUUCGCAUUUCUUGCCUUCCCUCUGGCCCUAUUCCGACCACAGCCAGGAAGCGCCCUCGAAAUUGUGCGGUUCUGCGUCUGCGUCGCAUCGUCCGGAGCUGGACUGGGACUUAUCUCUGCUCCGAGCUUUGUGGAAGCGAGCGUCGUGACUGAGCUGUACCACAUGCAUAAUCCAGGGAGGUUUGGUGAGAAUGGACCGUACGCUCAGCUGUAUGCGAUCAACAGCAUCUUCCUGAGUCUGAGUCGUGCUCUCGGGCCCUUGAUGGCUGGGUACUUGAGCGUCACGCUUGGCUAUGGGAAUAUGAACGCUGUGCUGGCGGGAUUGUGUCUGUUGACUAGUGGGCUGUGCUUCUGCUUCCUUGGAGAGAGAAGGGGCAAUGCGAAGGGAGCCGUGAAGGAAGAUGGAGGAAACUGA